AUGUCCAAGCUAUUCGAUCCAUUGGGCAUUCUUGGUCCAGUGGUAAUCUGGGCAAAAGUUUUCGUUCAACAACUGUGGAAAACGAACUGGGACGAACCGCUUCCCAUCGCACUCAACGGCGAGUGGGAAAGUUACAGACUUGGUUUAGCAGCUCUUGAACGUUUCUCAAUCUCUCGCUUGGUAAAAGCUCCAGGCGCAGGAGCAAGCAUACAAUUGCACGGAUUCUGCGAUGCGUCUCAGCAUGCCUACGGAGCAUGCGUCUACAUUCGUAGUACCGGCAUGGAUGGUGCCAUCGCUUGCCGUCUCCUAACCGCCAAAUCCCGAGUAGCUCCUAUUCAAACCCUGUCGAUUCCCCGCUUGGAGCUCAGUUCUGCUGUACUCCUCUCCCAGUUGUACCAAAACGUAGUGUGCAGUCUCAACAUGACACCUGAGGCCUACUUUUGGUCUGACUCCUCUAUCACUUUACACUGGUUGCACAAUCCACCGGCAAACUACAGCACGUUCGUGGCUAAUCGAGUCGCGGAAGUUCAACGAAUGACUAAAGGAGCCCCCUGGAAUCACGUCAGCGGUUUGGAAAAUCCGGCAGAUCUCAUCUCGCGAGAAAUCCUCGAAGUAAAACCAACUACGCUUGCAGCAGUCGCACGUUCAGUAAAGGUACCCGAUCACACUCUGUUCUGUCGCUACUCGUCACUGACGAGACCUUUUCGCAUCGCCGCUUAUUGCCGCCGUUUUGUACGGCAUCGUCGUUCCAAGAUCGCUGGAGCAGGUCUACAAGUUACACCGUUUCUCACCACAGAUGAAUUGCAACAGGCGCUGAUCGGCCUCGUGAAGGUCGUACAAGAAGAUUGCUUCAGCCAUGAAAUCGCUAUAGUCCAGGAUGGAGCUGAAGCAGAUCUAAGAAAAUCACCCCUAAAAACUCUGUAUCCGUUCAUGCACGAUGGACUACCCCGUGUCGGUGGCCGGCUGAACCACUCCUCGUUCUCUUUCACCCGCAAGCAUCCGAUACUUCUACCUGAAGUACACCCACUGACGUCACUACUCAUCGACUCAGUGCACAAACAACUCCUCCAUGCUGGUCCUCGUGCUAUGAUAGCACACAUUCGUGAGCAAUUCUGGCCUUUACAUCUCCGUAACUUGGCACGGAGGCAUGUCAACUCUUGCUUGCGCAGCUAUCGAGUCCGGCUAAAGUCGGAAAAGCAGUUGAUGGGCCAGCUUCCGAAGGUGCGGACAGGCAGCUACGAGAACUCUGCUCACAGCUCAACCAUCAACAACAUCAUCAGCUUCAUUCCCGCAAACGCACCUACCUUCGGUGGCCUUUGGGAGGCCGCGGUCAAAUCCAUGAAGAACCACUUCCGGAGAGUUGUGGGUCUCGAUGCACUGCCAAGCGAAGUCAUGCAUACUUUUCUCUGCCAAAUCGAAAGCUGUCUCAAUUCGCGGCCGUUGACUGCAGUCUCGGAGGAUCCUAGCGACAUGGACGCCCUCACUCCAGGGCACUUUCUUGUUGGGUCGGCUCUGAAAUCCAUACCCGAGCCCGGCCUAUCCCAAAUCCCCAACUACCUUCACCAGCUUCAGCAACGAUCCAAGCAUUUCUCCCGACAGCCGAACGUUCUAGUCGGCAAGUUGGUACUCCUGAAAGAAGACAAUCUUCCCCCGCUCAGGUGGAGCGUGGGCCGCAUUGCAGCAGUACAUCCCGGCGCGGAUGGACUAGUCCGUGUAGUGAAGGUCAGACUUGCAACCGGCGCUGUAUUCGACCGACCGAUUGUGGAGGUAUGCCUUCUCCCCAUCGAUGAUGACCCUCGUUUCGCCUCCACUAUUGGCGAAGUAUCUGUCCACGCCAGUGAAACCAAUUCUGCUAUCAACCUUAGAUCUUAA